AGUAAACCUUUGCUCGCAUCAUGGACUGCUUUGGUUGUUGCCCGAAAGAACUUCAAGCUGAAGCUGAAAAAGUCGCCACGAAUGAGGCGCAGAAUGCGGUUUCCAACGCCACGAGAGCAGCUCCAAACAUGCAGAAUACAAUGGGGGCAGGAGGAGGGAACUCCGCUCUCUCGCAGGCGCUGAAUGCAGUAGGCGGGAUGCAGGGUCUUAUGGGAAUGGUCCAGUCCUUGGCUUCUGGGCAAACGCCGAGCCUUCCCAGCACGAGCAACGCCACAGACUUCAAGCAGAAGGCAGCUCAGGCACUCCCUGCCGAGGUUCACAUGUUCAGCGGAUGCAGGGACGAGCAGACGAGUGCGGACGUCUACGACACGAGCUCCUUCGGUCUCCCUGCGGACUCUGGUCCUGGAGGAGCAGGAGGAGCCUGCACGAACUCCAUCAUGCUUGCCCUCUCGGAGAACCCCAACCCAACCUGGAUUGACCUGCUGAACCGCAUGCGAACCAUCUUGAAGGAGAAGGGCUUCACCCAGGUCCCUCAGCUGUCCUCGAGCAAGGAGAUCUCCCUCGACGGGAAUUUCCAACUUGCAGCAGCGUCUUCUUCUACCAAGGCGUUGCUCAUCGGCAUCAACUACGUCGGCCAGAAGGGAGAGCUGAGGGGCUGCCACAACGAUGUACUGCAGAUGAAGGAUUACAUCCUCAAGAACGGCUACGACCCGGCAUCUAUGCGCGUCCUCAUGGACGACGGGUCGAACAUGAACCCUACUCGCGCCAACAUCCUCGACAGCAUCAAGUGGCUGGUUAAAGAUGCCAAGAGCGGGGACUGCCUCUUCAUGCAUUACUCGGGCCAUGGCGGGUCGAUGAAGGACGACAACGGGGACGAAGCAGAUGGUAUGGACGAGACGAUGGUGCCUGUGGACUACACCAGUACUGGGCAGAUUCGAGACGACAUCAUCUUCCAGGAGCUCGUCGCUCCCCUGCCGCAGGGAGUCAAGCUCACCGUCAUCAUGGACUGCUGUCAUUCUGGCACCAUCCUCGACCUUCCCUUCAGCUUCACGGCGAACGACCAGAACACGCAGAACUACACGAGCGGCAUGACUUUGCCGAUGAACGGGAACUUCAACUGGAAAAAGAUCUUCGAUAUCGGCAUGAGUAUGCUCAAGAAGUAUGGGAUGGGAGGAGCGAUGGGAGGAGCGCAGAGUGGCAUGUCUGCAAACGUGUAAGGAGGAGAGAGGAGUCCUUGAGUGACGUUGAGCUCAACGUCACGCGCUUGUUUGUUGUUUGUGAUGAAAAAGCUGUUGAUGUGUUG